CGAACAAAUCAUUCACUAGCAUGAUCGAAAUCAGGCAUUCCCUGCGUACACCUUUUUUUGCCAGACUGCACCUUAAACGACUUUUGGAUUACCUGCGCAGGUACUACCAGCUACAUUUUGUCUUAAUCCUGAACCAAAUUGUUCGAGGAAAAAUAACAAGCCAUGAACUUUUUGACUUACUUUUUCAUUAAGAACAACAGUUAGUCUGUUUGUCCCUGCAACACCUGCGACAAAGUAAACGGCGUGUCUCUUUUCCAGAAAUGGCUCGUCGUUAUUUCCUGGUUUAUUUCAUAUUUUCCUUGUGCCUUGUUGCUGGACAGUCUCCAAAAUAUGCACUCAAGGGGCAGGAGAUCUUCUUAAAGCCAGACGUCGCUGGACAACCUGAUGAAAUUCUGUGGAAACAUAAUGGCAACAAGGUGGUGGAGUUUAAUGGCAUUGAGCAACAUGUGUACACCCCAUAUGAAAACAGGAUCACUCUUUAUUGGGUGUCUGCAGAACUCAUUAUCACUGAACUCAGAUUUGAAGACAGCGGAGACUAUGAAUUGGAAACAGAAGUAAACAAAGAAUUACAUCGUUCAGUCUAUAAAUUGGAGGUCAUAGACAAGGUUGCCAAGCCUACCAUAUCGUGUGACAUGAGCGAUGGAGGCAGCUCUAACAAAUCUGGACAGUUGGUGUGCUCGGCAGAGGACAGACAACCUCAGUCUUUAAUGAAGUUUGAGUGGAGAACACAUGGUGGAGUGCAGCCUGGCCCAGAGCUUACAAUAUCUCUGGGGAAGGAACACGAUGAUGGUGUACAUAUUUGCAGUGUGAGCAACCCUCUAAGUAAUGAAACAGCUACAUUCACUGCAAAGGAUUGCUACCCAGAACGAAGUUUAUCCGUAGCGGUGAUUGCUACCAUCAUCGGCAUCGUCUUUGUUGUUGUGCUAAUCGUCAUGGUUUUGGGCAUACGUUUCUGCAAAGUACACCAUAAAGCAUGUUUUGCAACAGCUGAUUUGGAAAAACAGUCAAGACCCUGUACAACAGAAGGUUCAGAUAAGAUGAAAGCUCAGGGUGAUGAAAUUAAUCCUCUUCUUCAUGGAACAUCCACAAUUCCCUCUAAGCAGCAACUUCGCAAUUUGGCCCCAGCAGAACAAUGUAUGGAUAAACAAGAUGGGAUGCCACAAAAAGGUUUUGUCAAAGAGAGAAGAAAGAAUUUUGAGCAAAUCAAUGAUGGACAUACAGGUUCAAUGAAGAACGCUGACCAGCAUAAGAAAGCUGUGUCUCCUCCUUCCUCUCCACGUAUUGAGCCCCCUUUUGCUCUGGAUCUGACUAAUCGCACUUGCAGCGACAAAGGCAAUGCAGAGUCAGACCAGCUCAGGGACCAUACAGAGCAUAUAGUCCCACUAUGCAACCUCUCCGACUCUGAGAAGGCAAAUGAACCAGACCCAGCUGGUGUGUCGUACGACUUAGAGCCAAAGAAAGAGGCAGAUGAGAAUAAGAAAAAACAGUCUGCUCCUGCCAGUCCUGAAACUACUUCUGCCACUCAGCCACAGUCUCAAUUGACCGGAAGCUGUCUAAAUGUAACACCAGAGGACGCCACUGGUGAACACAAAGAAGACGCCAACUCAGAUCAGGUCACUGGAGAAAUUUCAGACAAAAAUGGGGGAGAAUCUGACUCAUCAGUCGAAGAGGAAAGAAAUGAAUUGGAUGACUCUAUCAAGGACAAACAGCCGUCCACCGUUCCUGAACACAAAGGUUCAAAAACCUUAUUACAUAUGCACGAUUUAAACUUAUUACAGGUUGAAACACAGAAAAUAGACAGCAACCAGCAAGAAAAAGUCAAACCGGUUUCUGGAGAUGAAGAUGAAAGGAAUAGUGUAGGUGACCGUGAAGAUACAGAUGAAGACCCGGAUCUGUAUUUAGCCACCUCCCAACAACCUCAGAGCCCCACACCAACAAAAGCAGACAACACAAACGAUACCUUACAAAAGUCUUCAGACGCUGCACAUGCAGACCCAGAUCAACAAGAACAGGACAAGAUCAGCCACAAUUUAGAUGAGGGUCAGUCAGAUAAAGGUAAGGAGGAAACUGUUGAAGAUAAAAAUGAGGUCGAGUGUGACCUAAAAGGAAAAAAAGCUGGGCAAUGACAGCCGUAGUCAGGAUGAAGAAGGACAAAAUAAAGAUGAUGCUGUUGGCCUUUAAAAAG